AAGUGGAACACUUUGGUCACAUUAGGAGAUCAAAGAAACAAAAACAUGCCGAACUAUUUUGUUUUCUUGGGGUUUUUCUUAACCCUAAGUAGCCAGCUUAACCUGUUGCUCGCUCUGAACGACAAAAACUGCGAGCAUUUGCUGAAAGAACUUGGGGAUGCCCAAAGCAAGUUCAUCUACUGCGCCACCACAAAAUCGGUGCCUGUGAAUCUUUGUAUUGGAUGCGAAAAUCUGUACCGGAGUCUCAGCAAAGACUAUGAGAACCUUAUAGCCAAUGCCAACUGUUCCAAACUGUAUCUAAACUCGGACAGGAUCAACAUAGUACCGACCACUCAGGGAAUCCUCACCAGCCUCUGGCAAAAGGCCAACUGUGAAAAUUGCUUCAAGGAUAAUUUUUUUCAAAUAUACGACCAAAAUGCCAUCGUUUUACAGACCUGCUUCAAUAGAAGCACACAGGAUGUGGUAUGCCUUGAAUGUAAACCCUUCUACAUUGGCUUAAACGAUUUCUAUCUCAAAAUGGAAGCAAAAGUCAGUGGAAAUGUUUGCUUCGAUCUGCAAGAUAAUAUGAACCGCACUCGUCUGAAUUGGUCAAAAACUCUAAAUUGCUGCCAGCGCGAAGUCAAGCUGACGAACUUCCUCAUUGCCGUGGGAGUAGUUGUCCUCCUGCCCAUUUUCACCUUCUACAUCACGGCGAUUGUGGUGACUAAACGGCGAGAGGCUAAUCACGGCUUGUUGAACGAGCAGGAGCCCGAGCUGGAUGCUCCUUCAACAUCAAGGCUCAUCACGGCUGCCCUACUGUCCACUCCAGUUGAAGAUCCUGUUGUAGUCUCAGCCCGAACGGAAAAAAUAGCCAAUGUGUUGAGUGGAGUUGGAAAUCAUAUAUUGGACGAUUCUGAAGAGAAUGACUCUGAAGGACUGACGCAACCGGCAAAAAGCAGAACUGUUCACUACUCUGAGUCCAGUGAUGACGAGCCACCAUUGAGACCAAAGAAGGGGAUUGGUAGUCCACCAUCCGACGACUCAACCGAUGAUGAGCCUCUUGGAAAGGCCAAACGGGCGUAAAAGUAGCUGGGUAACAUUUCUAUUAAGGGGGAAUCCCCGAUAUCUAUGCUAGAAUAUGUAGUCAUGAGACAUCAUAAGAUCUUGGGAAUCAACACCAUCAGUCGAAGUUGAUUUAAUUUAGUUUCCAACUGUUUGUUCAUUUAGCCCAAGCUUACUUACAUAUAUUCCUUUCAUUACUAUGUAUAUCCUAGGUAUCGUUGUCUUCGGCUAGUGCCUAACCAAAUAUCAGAUAUUUUUAUAUAACAAAUAUAUAGCCAUAUGUGAUAUCACAAUUAAACACGGAUACAUUUAUAUAUUUAUAAUAAAUAUGAAAAGUUUUUAAA